AUGUUUCGCGAAUUGAUAACCAACAACCACAAGCACUUUUCCACAAGUUUGCAAUGGAGGUUUUAUCCAACAGCUUCCAAACUGAUCACUACCAGGCAUGCUGCUACAGCAACCUCCUCUAUGAAUACACAAGCGGUUAUCGGUAGGCAUGCCGUUGUAACUACCAGUCCAGUACAUAGUAAUGUUACCUUACGAUUAAGAAUAUCAAAUUUUCAAAUGAAGCAUUUUAUUCAAACGCGGACAAGAACAUUAGGAAAAUCGCAAGGACGUAUUAUCAUUCUAGGAUCCGGGUGGGCAGGUUUCCGUUUGAUUCGGGAUUUGAACAAGAAGGAUUACGAUGUGUCUGUAGUAUCUCCAAGAAACCAUUUCGUAUUUACGCCAUUAUUGGCAAGUACAGCAGUUGGAACAUUGGAGUCAAGAUGCAUCACUGAACCUGUUAGAACAUAUUCAAAGGAUAUAAACUUUUAUGAAGCUUAUUGUGACAAAAUAGAUACAAAAAAUCAAAUUAUUCAUUGUACUUCAAAUAUAGAUGAUCCUGUGAAAAAACAAUUUACUCUGGAGUACGAUAAAUUAGUCAUUGCCGUUGGUGCCUAUUCGAAAACAUUUGGAAUACCUGGAGUUAAGAACUAUGCUUAUUUCUUAAAGGAAGUCAAUGAUGCUAGAAACAUACGAAAGAGAUUGAUUGAUUGUUUUGAGUAUGCAUCACAGCCGGGCUUAAACGAUAAAGAAAAAGAAGACCGAUUACAUUUUGUUGUUGUUGGAGGGGGACCAACAGGUGUUGAGUUCUCUGCUGAAUUAUAUGAUUUCAUUUCAAGCGAUUUGUCACGGCUUUAUCCUAACCUAAUAGGCAAAACUCGCAUGACGUUAUACGAUGUUGCGCCUACUAUUCUGAGCUCGUUUGAUUCCCACCUUGCACGCUAUGCCUCGAAAAAAUUCGCUCGUAAAGGAAUUCAGAUCAAGACAGAGCGCCAAGUAGAGAAAGUAGAGAAAAAUUAUCUUGUAAUUAAGGGUGAGGGGAAAGUUCCGUACGGUAUGUUGGUUUGGUCCACCGGCUUGAUGCAAAACCCUUUGGUUGAAUCUUUUACGGAUGCCGCUAAAGAUACUUCGGGGCAACGAAUUGAAACAGACGGUCUUCUGCGGGUGCUUAACAAAGAGACUAGCCAGCCUUAUCAUAAUAUAUAUGCUUUAGGUGAUUGUGCAACAAUUAAAGAAUAUGAUUUGCCUGCCACGGCUCAAGUUGCCUCACAAAAAGCUGGUUAUUUAGUCAAGGCUCUCAAUGCAAUUGCAAAAUCUGGUGACUAUACUGAAGCUGAUGGAAAAGGCUUCAGAUUCAAAAAUAAGGGCAUGAUGGCUUACAUUGGUAGCUAUGAAGCCUUGAUUGAUAUGUCAGCGGUUCACAAUUGGGCGAAAAUGUCAGGCCAUUUGUCCUGGCUCCUUUGGAGAUCGGCGUAUCUAAGCAAGAGUGUCAGCAUUCGUAACAAGUUGCUUAUUCCUUAUCAUUGGUUCCUAACAUUAACGCUGGGAAGAGAUAUCAGCCGCUUCUAG